GGAUUGGAACACCUGAAUCACAUGAUUGGGAGGGGAUUGGAGCACCUGAAUCACAUAUGGAGGGGAUUGGAACACCUGAAUCACAUGAUUGGGAGGGGAUUGGAGCACCAGAAUCACAUGAUAUGGAGGGGAUUGGGACACCUGAAUCCAGUGAUUGGGAAGGGAUUGGAACACCUGAAUCACAUGAUAUGGAGGGGAUUGGAACACCUGAAUCACAUGAUUGGGAGGGGAUUGGGAACACCUGAAUCACAUGAUAUGGAGGGGAUUGGAACACCUGAAUCCAGUGAUUGGGAAGGGGGGCCCAAUACUUUUAGCAAUAUAGUGAGGAAAGGAAAAUAUAGAGCAGUGAUAGAAGAAAAAUAAAAACCACACAGCAAUCACAAGAAAAAUAAGAGAGGCAAUGGAAGCCACACGAGAAGGCGACUCGAUCAC